AAUUUAUUUCCUUCUAGAAACACUUUAAACAAAAGAGUUCUGAGAAAAAUUAGAGCUCCAAGAAGAAGAAGAAAGAAGUAAAAAUCGAAAAGGAUCUGAAAAACGCAGAGGAACAAAAAGGCUUGGAGCUUGGAAGAGAGAGAGAGAUGGGGAUAAGGUUCAUAUUGAUGGUGAACAAGCAAGGCCAGACUCGUCUGGCUCAGUACUACGAAUGGCUCACUCUCGAGGAACGUCGAGCUCUCGAAGGCGAGAUCGUUCGUAAAUGCCUCGCCCGCAACGACCAGCAGUGUUCAUUUGUAGAGCAUCGCAACUACAAGAUCGUCUACAGGCGUUACGCAUCUCUGUUCUUCAUGGUUGGAGUUGAUGACGAUGAAAACGAGCUGGCGAUUCUAGAGUUUAUACAUCUUUUGGUCGAGACGAUGGACAAGCAUUUUGGAAAUGUGUGUGAGCUUGACAUAAUGUUCCAUCUGGAGAAAGCUCAUUUCAUGCUGGAGGAAAUGGUGAUGAAUGGUUGCAUUGUGGAGACGAGCAAAGCCAACAUACUUUCACCUAUACAACUUAUGGACAAGGCCCAUUAAUUCAAGUGGCUUGUUUGUUUCCAUUCCAUCACACUGUUAGACAACUUCUUGUAUUAUUAAUUCACUUUUUGACCACUUGGAAUGAAAAAAAAAAUGUUUCCUUUA